UGGAGGAUAAGGCUCUAGCAGGCUCUAACUCCAUAGGGCCACUGGUAGGCCACCAUGCCACCAUGCCACCAUGCCACCAUGCCACCAUUGAGCUCCCCUCCCUACCUGGUUUCCCCAAGUUCCAUGUCAUCCCUGACUAUUCUGUACAAGCCUAGCAAUCAUCUUAUUUCUCACUCCCAUACAUUCCCCCUCACUCUCCAGCUGAAUAAAAGAUGACCUCAAUCUUUGGAUCAAGAACGCCAAAUUCAAAUUCAAAUUCAAAUUCAAUUGCUCAAUCUACAGCUUCACAAACAACCAAUCCCAUCUCACCAUCAACUAACAAUCCUCCAGCCAGUACAGAAGACGAAAAUGAACAAAUUGACUCAUUAUCUCACGAUCCCAGUCAACGAACCAGCUCGGAAGAUGACCUCGACCCUUCACGUCCUGAACUCCUUCACCACCUCCAAAACGAUUCGUCAAUCCUUACUCUCGCUGUCGGAUCCAAAUAUAUCUAUGCGGGUACUCAAGAUGGAGAGAUCAUAGUCUGGUCCCUUGCAUCCUACGAACUCGUUUCGCGCAUCCAAGCACACACCCGCAGCGUACUCUCCCUCUUUCUUUCCGCAGACGGCAAACUCCUCUUCUCAUCUGCCGGUGACGCCAUUGUCAAUGCAUGGUGCCCUACGAGUCUAGUCCGAAAGUAUCACAUCUACAGUACCUACGAUGUCGGCGAUGUAUUUUCCGUAGCCUAUUCCCCUCAAUUCGAGACGGUUUAUUUGGGAGCGCAAAACACCAGCAUACAAUGGGUCAGUUUAAGGGAUUCUGCGGCGAGACCUACCCCAAACCCGGAGCGUCACCCGGAUAGGAGGAAUCAUCGAUUUUUUGAUAGUGUACAGCAUGGAGGGACGAGUACACCAAGGCCGAGACAAGUUGCACGGGCGGCUGCAGAUCAGGGAGAUGUCUUGGAAAUUGAUAAGGCGCAUAUGAAACAAUAUGCUCAUUUUGGCUAUGUGUAUUGUAUGCUCAUGGUUCGGGGCGUCUGCAGACAAGUCGAUGCGGAUGAGGAUAUGCUCAUUUCUGGUGGAGGAGAUGGGACAAUCAAGUUGUGGAAAUUGAGCAAUGAUCAAGACGAAGGGAUCAUUGAGAUUGAAAGACUUGGGGAAGAUGACGCCGAGAGUGUCUUGAGUCUGGCAGUAGAUGGGAGUUUUCUGUACAGCAGUAAACUGGAAGGGGUGAUUGAGCUGUGGGAUUUGGACACGAGGCAGAAGUUGAGGGUCAUCAGGACGAAUAAGGGUGAUGUCAUGACGUUGCAAAUGGGUUGGGGUUAUCUUUGGAGUGGAGGAAGUACAGGACACGCUAGAGUGAGUUUGCUUUCUGUGGUUGGUGUGCUCAUCUCGCAUGACCAGGGGGCUAACAUUUGACAGAAAUACAGCACGGUACAAUAUGGACAAUAUAAAACCUCAAAUUUCAGCCAAAAAUAUCAAUGCGUCAAACGAUGGAAAGCGCAUGAAGGCAGAAUCUUGGCUUCGGCAGUCACCACGUUCCGUGGACAACAACUCUACAUAACUGGUGCUAACGAUUGUUCGGUCUCGAUAUGGGAUAUUACUGGUUGUGACACUGGCACAUAUCCGAAACGCGAGUCGCUUCAAGACGAUCAACUCAUCAAGUCGUUGCAAGAUUUUGUGGCUUUCAAGACGAUUUCUGCAAGACCUGAUCAUGCCGAGGAUUGUCGACGUGGUGCUACGUUUCUUAGAACAUUGUUCAAGAAACAUGGAGCGGUUACUGAAAUGCUAACCACCGAAGCUCAUCACAAUCCAAUUGUUUAUGCCAAGUUCAAGGGAAAUCCGGAGACGGCUGGAAAGAGGAAGAAGAUAUUGUUUUAUGGACAUUAUGAUGUCGUGCCUGCGGAUGACAAGCAAAAGAAAUGGAUCGUUGACCCAUUCCACAUGAAGGGGGUAAACGGGUAUCUUUACGGACGUGGAGUGAGUGACAACAAGGGACCUAUCAUGGCUGCUCUUUAUGGAGUUGUGGAUUUGGUUCACGAGAAAGCUUUGGAUUCCGAUAUCACUUUUUUGAUUGAGGGAGAGGAAGAGAGCGGAUCGAGAGGUUUCAAGGACGCUGUGAGGAAGCAUAAGGAAUUGAUUGGCGAUAUUGAUUAUAUCAUUCUUGCUAAUAGUUACUGGCUUGAUGAUGAGGUUCCUUGUCUGACUUAUGGCCUGAGAGGUGUCCUUCACGCCACUGUCAGGGUUAAUAGCAAACAUCCAGAUGUUCAUAGUGGAGUUGAUGGAAGUUUCAUGAUGGAUGAGCCACUUUUUGAUCUGACUGCUAUCUUGGCCAAACUCAAAGGGCUUCACAACAGGAUCCAAAUUCCUGGAUUCUACGAUGAUAUUCUUCCCAUAACUCCAGCCGAAGAAGCUCGAUACGAUGAUAUUGUGUCAACUCUCCUCCGUCGCAACCCAGAACUUGGACCGGCGGAAAAUCUCAAGCAGUCAAUCAUGGCAAGAUGGAGAGAACCAAAUUUGACACUCCAUCGUUAUAAAGUCUCUGGACCGGAUGGUUCCCUUGUUUCAUCACAUGCUAGCGCGGCUAUCUCUCUUCGUCUAGUGCCCAACCAAGAAGUCGACGACGUCAUCAAAUCCCUUUCAAAGUUCCUCCAAGAUGCUUUUGCGAAGCUUGACACGCAUAAUCACCUAACAAUAUCAAUCGACAACCAAGCAGAUGCAUGGCUUGGUGACCCUGAGAAUGAAAUCUUUAGGACGUUAGAGGAAGCGAUCAUGGAGGUUUGGGGACCGAUAACGAAUCACACAAGGAAGAGUAGUGUGCAGGGUCCUAAACAUGUAGAGAAAGAAAAGGAAAACUCACCUACGAGUCCAAUCAACGCAUCCCCAAGUCUUAAGCCUACACCAGCGACAACCACGAGUCUAACUGGGGGGAGUGACCAUACAAGUUUGGCGACUGCACCGGUAGAUCUUGCAUCAUUAUCAUUAGAUGCAGAAGAUAUUUCUGGCGAAAGGGAUGAGAAGGAAAAUGAGGGGCUCGGGAAUGAAAAUGAUAAGACAGAUGAUGGUAAAAGUAGAGACCGCAAGGGAUUGAGCGCCAAAAAUGGGACGGGGAUGGGGAGGAAACCGUUGUAUAUCAGGGAAGGAGGCUCAAUUCCUAGUAUUCGAUUUUUAGAGAAGGAGUUCGGAGCGCCAGCAGCACAUUUGCCAUGCGGACAGGCGAGUGACAGUGCGCAUUUAGGUGAGAUUUAUUUUCCCUAUUAUAUUUCGUCUGCGUCAUGUGAGCUACGGGGGAAGGCGUUGGUUAUUUAUGACAAGAAUCUUGCUAAUGGGUGAUAAAACACACAGACAACGAAAGGAUCAGAGUUAAUAAUCUAUACAAUAGUCGGUUGAUCUUUAGGAAAGUGUUUAGAGAGUUGCCCAGGAAAUAAGAAGGGCUGGCAAGCUUGAAUCAGAGUGCAUUUUUAGUUUGAUGGGGGAAGGGGUCAGAUGAUUUUGAAUGGAUGAGUGAGUGCGUGAAUGCAUCGGGCUUUUGAAGAGAGAGUGCGGAGAAGGAAGGAGUUGGCUUAGCAUUCAUUGUAUUAUAUUAUAGUUAAAUGAUACCAGCCUGG